GCGCGAGUAGGUCGCCAUGCGCGAUGCGGUAUGAGGCAGCGCCGCGCCCGGCGGGCCGGCCCCCGCUAGCGGCGCCGCCCCCGCCAUGCGAGCGCCGCCGCUGCUGCUGCUGCUGCUGAUGGCGGCCGCGGGCCUGGCCGUGAGUCCGCUCGCGCGCCUCAACCCCUGGCUGAGCGCGUGUGAUCUGGAGGAGGAGGGCGCGAGCGGCGUGCCCGAGUGCGGUGGCACGGCGUGCGGCAGCGGCGGCGGCGCGGCGAAGGUGCUGCAAGCGCGCGACGUGCCGCUUCUGUGCGGGCUGGCAGCAGGUGAACGCGCGCGCCGCCUCGCCGACUUGCGGCUGCGCGCCUGCUGCGAGCGCUCGCCCGCCUCCGCGUUGGACCGGGGCGCCCGCGCCGAGGUCCUCGCUGGCGGUGACCGCUGCGAGAGCACGCUGCACGACCUCCUCCGGCUCGACACAAUGGUCGCGCACGUGCACUGCGAAUUCGUGAACAUCCUUCAUCGCUACGACUGCGAGCAGGCUUAUUCCGUACACACGUGUGAAGACUGCCAGGAGACGUAUCGUCGGUGGGCGUGCAGUACUAUAGUGCCGCUGUGGGUGGAAGAAGGCGGCGAGGAGGGCGGCGAUGAGGGCGGGCGGUCGCGGCGGGCGCCGGCCGAGCACGCGGCGCGCUGGCGCGCGCGGCACCUAGAGCGCGUGGGCCACCUGGACCGGCGGCGCGGCGGCGGCGUGGUGGGCCGCUGGGUGCGCGCCGCUGCCGCCGGGCCCGGCCGGCCGCUGGCUCGCCUCAAGCCCUGCCUGUCCGUCUGCCAGCUCGUUGAGCAACACUGCCCCUACUUCCUGCCCGCAGACCGCGCGCCAGCGUACCCCACACAAUACGCCGGCGAACCUACCUUUCUAUGCCUAGACCCUCGAAUAUCAGAAACGGGCGCACAGAAGAAUAAGUCCAACUACGGAUGGGACGAGUGCUGCUACUGGUACUGCGAGCAGCGGUUGUGCUACCGCUGCGAGUCGCGGCUGAGCGAGGCGGCGCGGCCCGAGGCGGAGCACUGCGCACCGGUGGAGGAGCGCCUGUCGACCUGCUCCGUGCCAUACGCAGCGCCGUCCGCCGCGCCGCCUCGCGCGCCGCGGCUGCCACUGCUCGCCGUCGCGCUCUUGCUGCCACUCGCCACGCACUUACGGACCCACUGGACAGCCUACAAGCAUCUAGUGAAUGUGCGCGAUUCGAGGUUAUAGUUUUACGUUCAUGUGCGUCGCACCUCCGCGUCUCGCGAUCGUAUGUUUGCGAUCAGAACUUCUACUAGUACUGUAUUAUGAUAAUAAAUUACUGCGCGGUUACGAGUUCAAUGAUGGUCGCGCCUGGCGGGGCGGGGCCGUCGCCGCGCCUCGCGAGUGCGAUGCUCGUACUUACUCUAAGUGAAUAUUUGUGUCCGAAUGCUCGAUACACUCAAAAGUCAAAAAAUAGAAACACCAAAUGUACUCAACUUAUGCAUUUUAUCUCGUAAGCCGAAGUUCCGGCCAGUAUGUUAAUAUUUCAGGCACAAACGAUAUUUUGCUUGAAGUGAAGAUGUUAUAUUUUAAAUAGAGUUUUACAGCAACAUCGUUAAUAGGCACUUUAUACUUUUUAGUUAUUUUUGCUAAACUAGUUUACAUAGAGACAGUAUUUUUAAAAGUUGUAAAAACGAAAUUUAUCUACGUCAUUUACGAUUUACCGUCAAUGACUCAGUUCAUUUACAACACCAACUUUAUUUUAUAAAUGUUUUAAUUAAUUAUAUUAGGAACCAAUGCUACGUAAGCAGGUCCUCACCACUGGGUAACGCGGCUUCACCUACUACGUGAUGAUACUUCUGCUGGUUCCGCAAUAACUACUGGCCGUAGGUAGUUGGCUCCGCGUUGUUCAGUAUCUUUCAUACUCAUAAAAGGAUUUAUACUUUGCUGUAGGUUGUAAGUAAGCACUAACUAAUACACGGAUGGCACUGAACGUAAAGAACUGAAGAAAGUUAUUUUGCUCAUUGGAACAAUAGAUAGUUGACAGAAGAA